AUGGCGGCGAAGAAGCAGGAUGAUGGAAGCACCAAGAAGAGGAAGCGGAUUUCAGCUUCGGACUCUAAUAAACCCUUCAAAUCCCUCAAAACACGCAAACCAGACGCUGUUCCUAAAGACAAGACCAAGAAGGCUCCCCUUAUAGGUCGAGAACGUCGUCUUCAUGCUAAGGAACUUGCGGAGGCUAGGAAAAAGAAGAGGAAGCGCCAUUUCACUCUUGAGCAAGAGCUUGCACGCCUAUGGGAAAAGAUGAGGCGUCAUGAGGUUGCCAAAGAGGAUAGAGCCAAGUAUGUAUAUUUAGGAAAGAUUUUCAGUAAUGAAAUUCCUUAUCUUUGUUUUCUUUCUCUAUAA